AUGGCAAGUGUAGCAGAGACAGCACCCCAAAAGCUGCCCCGCCUCCACCGAUCGGGCGACGCCCUCACCUCCGCUGAGAGGUGGCAAGCCAUCACAAAACGAGAUACAUCGGUUAAUAGCUUCGUCUACGGGGUCCUGACCACCAAGAUAUACUGCCGCCCUUCCUGUUCAGCCCGGUUGGCCCGACGCGCGAACGUUGAGUUCUAUGACGAACCCUCACAAGCCGAGAGAGCUGGCUUUCGUCCCUGUAAGCGCUGUCGCCCUCAAACCGGAGGUACGGCGGCUCAGAACAACCCCCAAGCCGCGGUGAUCGAGAAGACCUGUCAAGCUAUUCGAGAAGAGGUGGCCGCAGGCCGGAAGCCGCGGCUUCUGGAUCUGGCGGCUGGCGCCGGGUUGACACCUAGUCAUUUGCAUCGGGUGUUCAAGAAGCUAGUAGGCGUCACGCCUGGGCAGUACGCUAGCAGCAUUGCGGAUUACGGCGCUUGUCCCUCGCCGGACUCACUGAGUCCAAAUAAUUUCCUAACUCCCGAGGCUAUGCUCGAUCUUGAAACACCAGUACCUUUUCCCCGGGAGUUCGUGGGGACGGACGAUCUCAAAUUAGAUACCGGGAGAGGAGGGGUGGCUUCAGCGAUUGAAGGGCCGGCGGCAACAUGGGAGGACUACGUGUUUGAAAACAUGACUCCUGUCAUUGUGGACCAAACCUGGAAUGAUUUCGAUGCUCUAUUCGCCGAAUCAUGGCCCCUGGAUUCGUACGUUAACCCGCGGCUUAUCACGGAGCCUGAAUAA